GUGUUCUUCGCAAAUACUUUCAAAAUUAGAAAUUUACAUAGAAAUUGGAAUAGUUACAUCCUCAGCACAUAUCGUAAUACUCAACCUUGGUAGUGUACUUUAUCAAGCAUGAUUGUUUUGAAGACAUUUCUGUGUUGCAUGUCUCUACGACUCGGGUGCGUCUUACUUGGCUACUUUAUCAUCCUGCACGGUUUUGCCAAUGUGUAUUUAGUUGUAUUGGAAUACGGACAAAUAUGUCAUCGCAUGAUCAUGAUAUGGAUUCUGCAUGCGCAGAUCAAUAUUAUUGCUGGAAUCUUACUAUUGACUGUCGCAUAUAAUCCUCAAACACUCAACUAUUUACUGCCCGUACAAAUAGUUGUGAAGCUCACGAGUUUAAUUAUCGAAUUAAUAUUCUACCUGCUGAUGUCCAGUGCAAGCAUUGAAGACGAACUACUGGUCGCAUACUCCUUUCUCUCGAUUGGCACUACUAUCUAUGUUGUGAUUGUUGUUUACUCCUUCUAUCAGGAGACGGAUAAUUCAUUUUAAGCAUUAGGUGUUGAAUUAGAGACCAGAGGCUCGGCGGCUGCUGGCUGACUGCUGCUGCUGCUGCUUAUCAUGGCCAAAAACGGUAGUUGGUACGGUCAACGUCAGCGGACUUAAUCACAGCGUGUAGCAUUUUGUGCCGUGAUUAAACGCAAAUUUAUUAGACAAAUGUUGCGCAAUUGGUCGCCAGCAUCAGGCUGCAGCGCAUAAAUCGUGCGGGCCCAAUUGUCACCAGGCUCCAAUUCAGGCUUUAGACCCAGCCUAGAGCUUCAGCUAUAUGUGUGUAUGUAUAUGCAGAGGCUUUGGCUUAAUUAUCGCCGCACCGUUGCGCUACAUGCGUGCUAAUUGAGUGCGGUGACCAGUGACCAACUGACCAACUGAGCUGCUAAGCUGCUGAGUUGGCGACGCGGACAUGGACUUGGACAUGAACGUGGACGUGGACGUGGACGUCGACGCCACGUCCUGCUAUGAUAACAACAACGCGACGACAAACGCACGCUGUGCCAAAAUGAAAAUUAUGUUGCAAUCCUCAAUGCUCAGCGCUCUCGGUGUUCAGGAGGCCGUUGCCUGGCAACUACUGAUCACUGAUCAGGGGGGCUUAAUUAAUUUCGUUGAUUAAUUGAAAGUGCGCCUUGACUUGAUUUUUUCUUUUUUAUAUAUAUCUCUUAUCUUCUGGUCACUCGGUUCAUUCGCUUUGGCAGUGCAAAGUUGAAGGCAAGUAUGAAAAAUGUGUUUGGGCUGUACUCGUAUGUUUCGGUAGUAUCUUGAGGGCGUUGCCGUCGUUCCAACCCUUUGGUCCAUUACUCUUAACCGAUACGAUUCGAUUAUGGCUAAAAUUAUGACUGACC